AUAAGGUAUUCGUUUUUGCAGACGUGUUUGCUACACGGUUUUAUCCGAUAAGCCAAUAUUAAUUCUUUUUUAAAUUUUAUUUCGGUAUAACAUUCCAUUACAGAAAUAUUGUAUUAGGUAUCUACAAUAUCCUUAUUAUCCAAAUGUAAUAAAAAUUACUAUUUUCUUGUCUAUAUAGUAGUUCAUAUUAAUUUGCCUAGUGCUGAGUUUUGUAUUUGACAGUCAGAAUAAAAAAAAAAUAUUUUGACAACUCGUUCAAUAUGGCGGCGAAGGUGCAAUGCGGUGUUUCCGCGGAAACGCGAAGCAAAAAAUUAUGAUUCAAAUUCCAUCAAAAACUUUUAAAAAAUGAUAGUGAGUGCAUCUUGGUAGUGCUCGUAAUAAAUGAAUUAUCCCAUAUUAACAGUGAUUGUUUUAAUCGUGUUUGUCUCGUAAUGUUGCGGCGAGUCAAUUUUUAUUCAAUAUGUUUCGCGUUCGCUCUCAGUGUUCUCUUAAUCCUAGCUGGAAGUCGGUAUACAGAUAACACAGUUUAUCGUCCGUCCUCUGAGAGUCGCAGAAAUAUAAAAAAUUUCUUAAAAAUCGAGGAUGGAGAAGACCAUUUGCUGCCUAUGCCUACAAACCAAUAUGACGGUUUAGCGGAUACAGAGAGAUUAUUAGAGAAUACUCGCAACAAAAUUAAAACAGACCUCAUGAAUUACAAUUUUACUUAUUCUGGUGUACAAAAAAUAGAAGAUUUACUUAUGGAGCAUAAUGGACAACCUUUGAGAAGUCUAAUUAUAUCAACAUGGAGAUCAGGAACUACUUUCCUUGGAGAAGUAUUGAAUGCAAUGCCGGGUAACUUCUAUCAUUAUGAACCUCUUUUAAACUAUGAGAUUAUACAAAUAAGAGGCCCUCCUCAUGCUGCUAAAGCUCUGAGCACUAUCAAGAAUAUGUUGAAAUGUAACUAUGAUGACAUGGAAGACUAUUUUAAGUUUGGGAAAGGGCAUGUUUUUCAAUUCAGCCAUAAUACAAGACUAUGGGGCCACUGUAAACAUAAGAGAGAGCUGUGUUUAGACUCAGAAUUCACAGGAAAGUUUUGUAAGCUGUUUCCAUUCCAGAGCAUGAAAGUUGUGCGUUUGCGAUUACGGCUCAUUGAAGAGAUAUUAGAGGAUAAAGAACUUAAUGUUAAAGUAAUAUUAUUAAUCCGAGACCCUCGUGGUGUGAUGCAGUCAAGACAACAUCGUGAUUUCUGUCAGCCUGCUCCAGACUGUUGGCGGCCUGAGCUACUAUGUGCUGACAUGAUUAGCGACUAUGUAGCUGCUGCGAGGCUGCUUCCGAAAUAUCCUGAUAGGCUAACGGUACUGAGGUAUGAGGAGCUGGCAUUAAAUCCCAACAUCACCUCAUACAAACUGCUCAAGUUCCUAGGGCUGAGCGUGACUCCGUCAAUAGAAGAAUUCCUACACUCCCACACCAAUGUCGAAUCUGGUGGUGUAAGCUCCACCUUCAGGGUCUCACGCGAUGUGCCUUUCAAAUGGAAAAAUGUUUUGGACUAUAAUUAUGUUGAAGAGAUACAGAUGUUGUGCAAGGAAGCAAUGGACUUAUGGGGUUACGAGUUGGCUCAAAAUGCUUCACAGAUGGCUAGCAAAGAGUUCAACCCUUUAAAAUCAUAUGUAAUCACCCAGUGACAUCACGUUCUGCGGAGACAAAUUUUAUACAAUCGCAACGAAAAUAUGCGCUAAUGCAAUACGCAUUAUGAUGUUCCAUAGUCUUGUUUUACACCAUUGAAGAUUUUUUAGCUUGUACAUAGAUUAAGCGUUGCUAUUGCAAGAAUUGAGACACAGUACUUCCUGGACAGAAUUUAAGUAUAAUUUUUUUUUCAGAUUCAACGUAAAUUAAUUUUCGAUUACAUUAUCUAUGAGUAAUUUUUGGAAAUCACUGCAAAUUAUUAUGUAUUUGAAAAGUAAUAAUGAUUACAAGUUAGUUAUUACUUACAAAUAUGACUAGUAAGAGAGAACUCAACUUUGUCACUAAAUGAAUAAAUAGGUCUGCAUAUCCAUAAUAAAUAUUUACUUCUAUUCUUACAUCUAUUAUUACUUUGAACGAUUGCAGUAAUUUUCAUGAAACUCGAUAAUGUUUGGAUAUGUUUAUUUAUAUUUUGAGCCUAAAAAUAUGCUAAUUAAGGUUCGCAAUAACUUCAUGUUUUAAGGCUAGCAAUUUAUUUCAACUAUUAACUUUAUUUGAAUGUUUCUGAAGACUGAUCACAUCUCCAGUUUUAUCAUUAUUCUUCCAUUAAUGUUUUAAAGUAUUCCAAUAAUCAAUAAACGCUCUAUUAUGUCAGUUGAAUCGUACGAGAUGACGUUGUGCAUUGCACCGGGGGUGUAUUAAUAUAUCAUUGUAAAAGAUGGACCAUUAGUUAGGGUAAACACGGGAAUUGUUUGAAAUACUAAAACGAAUUUAUGCAAUUCCCAUUUUUAUCGCAAGCGUUAUAAUUGUUAAGCUUAGGCAUUUAAUAUUUUAGCACUCACGGAAUUGACGAGUUGUUAAUGCUUCCAUUGUACACGUGAUUGUAUAAUGCGAUGUAAAUAAGAAUAAGAAUCACAAAUAACUUUGGCCAAACAACUGUCAUUUGUUAUAUUUUGCUAGGAAAAUUAUUUGCCAUAGUUAUCAUUGUUUAUUAAUUAAUUAUCUAAGUCUUUAUAAAUUAUUUUAAUAGUUACGACGUCACAAUAUGGCGGAAAGUCAAUUCUAUUCUUAUUUUGAUCGUACUAUUCGUACAUUAUUAUCGGCAGGAUCUAACCGUAUUAUUCACAAAAUGUUAAACGUAUAACAAACCUAUUUCGUCUACUUAAAUAUUAUGUCUCUUUCUAAUUAAAUUCUUUAAUUUGAAUAAGUUUUUUUAUACAUUCAUAAAAAUACGCUUGUUGGAUGUUUGAUUUUUUGAACAAUACGGUAAGUGUAUACCAAGUGGAUUGAAUAUUUACUUAAUCGAUAACAUAUAUAUGUAAUAUAAUGUCUAAUUUCGAGGUAAAGAAAAUAACACCAUAUUAUUUACGUGCUCAGGGAUCUUAAUCGUACAAUAUUGGUUUCAAAUUUUUUGCCAGAUAACUUAUUUUAUGUUUUAUAAGAGACGGAAAUUAACACGAUUGUUUAGGUAAAAUGGUUAUCUCUUAUAAAAUAUUUCAUACAUUCAUUCAGCGCAAAAGUCUAAAAGUUAAUAUAAACUUAUUGUUGUUAUUGAGAUCUUGUUCUGUUAGUAUCUUUGUCUAGAUCACCUCGACACCUGUAUUCUGGCAAUAGUAUGAAAUUGGUACUAAUGCCAAUUUCGUACCCGCAUGAAAAUAUCACGAGUAUUAGAAACGUUGUGUGUUAUCCAUGGUGUUAUUUAUAUACUUUGUCUUAAUUUUAAUCUAAUGGGCUUGUUUGCCAUUCUAAAUUACUAAACAUCUUUUCACUUGGUAUAUGGAGAAGUCAGUAGAGUUCGUAUAUAACAUACAAUUUUGGCUAUUAGCAAAUGCUAUCGUAGUAUAAUUGAUUGAGGUGCUACAUAUGCACUUUAGCCAUCCAAAUAUCUAAUCGACACAUUAAUACGAGUACAGGCCUAAUUUUAGAUAGGUUACAGAAUUCGAAGCUAUUGCUCGAUUUUGCACUAAUUGACAUUGGGAGAAGGGAAUGAUAAAAUAGAUACUUAUUUAGCUUUAGUUAUCAUACAAUACAUACAAAAUUGUAUGGGCUCAUAUUUAUGUUAAGAUUCAAAUGUAAGUAAGAGUAUUAUUUAUGUUUUCGCCACUCCAUCAGUUUUAAUAAUUUUUAAGACCGCACGACAUAUUAUGGUCUGCGAGUUUCUAAUUGCUAUAUUACAUAAUCGGCCUUAACGUUUAUGAUUUAUACAUUAAAAAAAAAAAAUAUCACAGGGAAAAUGAAUAGCGAAUUUCAAAUGUAAAACGGGGAGCAUAGAAGCAAAUAUUGUUUAAUGAAUGUUUUGUCGGCUUAAACGAAACACCAAACCAAACACCAAUUUAUAAAUACAACAUACUCCAUAAAAAAUAGGAUUAAUUAUUGUAUCAUUUAAAAUAAAUGUCCUAAUAAUAUAAAAUAGUUUGUAUCGGUAAUAAACAUGUACAUGUUAGUACGGAGAAGAGUUAGGCAAAUUGUUAUAUUUCCGUCCAUGUUAAAUACGAUCCGCGAUAUAUAAUAUCUGAAUAUCGUGAUACGCGACAUGUUCCUGAUGUAUUUUUUUUUAUAUGUGAAGCGCACAUGACAACACCUACAGCGUUUAGUACAAGCACAAUUUAUAUGAUUUCCGAAUACAUAUUUUUCUAGUAUACAGAUUUUAAUAGAAAUCACUAACAUCCUGUGAAUCCAUGUGUCAUCCAAAGCAGUAUACUAUUAGUGCAACUAAAGAUUCUUUUUCCAAAGACACGUGGGUCGAAAACGAUAAAAGAUUUUGAACCUUCCAUACUGACACGAUACGUUCGAUUAUUAAGUUAAUAAAAAAGCCUCUUCUAUUUCUUUAGAAGAGGGAAUGUUAAUUUUCGUUGAUAGAACAUGGUAAUAAAAGAAUGUUAAUAACUUCAGUUUCACCCCGCACAUAAGAUUACAUACAUAUUUGAAUAAAUUCUAAUAAAUUAGUAUAGUUUAAUGACCACACAAUAAUAUGUAUAUCGAAAUAUUAUAAAGCAUACAAGAUUACAAACGACCUAACAUGUCCCAUUACAAUGGCAUACAUAAUGCAGUACUAAAUUCAUCACGUCAUUUGUGGUAAGAAAUAGGCUGUAGGUGUUCUGUCUAAAGUUACAAUAAGGGCGGAUUAUGGAGACAAUUGCCUUAGCAUUCAUUAUAAAAACAAGUUUUAUAAACAUUGAAUGUUUUAAUAUCUACCAUAAUACAUGGUUAAAUUGAGCUUAAAACUGCAAUUUGAGAUUAGAUAUAAGGUAAACUUCCGCACAAGGGUGAGAUGACAUUCAAAGUUAUAUAUUAAAUAGUUAUAUAAUCUGUAUAUAAUAAUACGAAACUGUUUUUCAUAGCAAUUAUUGAAUAAUACUUGCUUCGCAAUAAUAAAUAUGUAUAAUAUUUGAAAGUCAAUUCAUGCUCAGUAAGGGUCAGUUAUCAUAUCGCGCCGGUAAGUAUAUGUCUACAAGCGUAUACGUGAAUGUAUUGAAAAUUGAAUGCCUCAUAUUGAUAUGAAAUCCGUAUUGUUUUCAAUUAUUACUGCCAAUGACAAAUUAUUCACUAAAUAGGAACAUUAUUGUUUUUUUUUUUAAAUGUCAUACAAUCUCCCCUAUGGCUUUGUUUUUAAGCUAGGAUUAUAUUAUUUUUUUAUUAUAUAUCUCUCAAGUACAGAUAUUGUCUAGUUAAAAUUUUAUUACAUCAAUACCUAGUAACAGUAAAACCUGUCUAAUUUAUUGCCAUUUAUAUGUGACACGUAUACCACAGAGUGGAAAGAAAUAGUGCCUAAAUCAAAACAUUGAAUAGAAGGUUCACUAUAUUGUAUAUGUUUAUCAGAUAUACUUAUCAAAUGUCGCCCGUGAUAACGUCCACAUGAAGUUUAUAAUAAUACACCUGACGCCCUUCACUGGGCUUACGAACUACCUGCUCUUUGUUAAUUCAUUUUAAUUGUUUUAGCAGUACAAUAACAAAUUACAAUACCCCUUGGGCCGAAUAUAUUUUGUUUUUUUUUUCUUCUAUAUGUCUACAAUUGUAAUGAAUACGUAUAGAUAAUACGCGAUUGUAUGUUCAGAUUAAAAAAAAAUGUAGUCAUAAUAUUAUGUUUUUUAUAACUCAUGUAGAUUCCUAUUUUAUUUUAUGAUAAUAAUCUAAACAUUUUAUUAAGUAAAUAUAGGAAACAUACUUGGAAUAUAUUUCAUUUCCUACAAAGAUAAAUGAUAAGCAAAAAAUUUACUAUUAAUAGAAGAAAAGAUGGAACGGAAGAUAUUUUAUUGUAAUACCAUAUUAUAAAGAUCAAAACUAUAUUUUAUUUUUAUUUGUAGUUUGUUUGUUUAUAAUACUUAAUUGUACAGUAAAGUCCUAAAUUAUAAGAUACACAUUUCUUAAGAAAAGAAUGAGUACAAUGGCGGGCUUCUCCUAUAAAAGGGAUUUCUUCCAGUCAACCUUUGAAUGUUUGAUAGAAAUUGUAAAUUGGUAGUAACAAAAAAAAAAAAAAAUAGUUAAUUAAAAAUAUAGAGAAAAGGUGUUACAGUUACAACACGUUUGGAACAUUUUAAUUUCAUAUCGUACGGGGCAUUCGUAUUUCUUAUUAUUAAGUAGCCUAAUAAUAAUUCUAACCAAUGGAACUAUUAAUGUAGUGAGAAAUUAAGUGCACUUGAUUAUAAGGUAGAUAGUAGGGAUAAUUGGUAAAAACGAUAAUAUAAAUAUUUAAAUCUUUGAAUGUAUUAAUUUCCGCGAACCUUCCAGUGGCGUUUUGUUUUUGUAGUGUAACUUACUCAAUAUUAACAUUUGAGUCACAUUCUCGUGACUAUAAAAUUAUAUUAUGUAAUUAGUAGGUUAACGUGUUUUAAAUUAUUCUCAUGGUAUUGUAUAGUGACAGUUCCAUGGAUACGAUAUAUCGAUUAUAUGUUAUUAUUCAACAUUUAUACAAUGUAAUCUUUAAUUUAUAAUCAUAAACUUUCGUCUACUCAUUUAUAUAGUUGAGUCAUGAAAAAUAUAUCAUAAUUUGGACUUUGUCUCUCUUUAUACACUAGUUAGUCUAACGUAAUUAUACAAAAAUGCUAUUUACACAUUAACGCAACAUGGUAACUACCAUAGACUAUUGUUAUUGCUUUUAAAUAAUCCUCAAUAUUAAAAAUACUAGCAUUUUAUAACAUAUACCAUAUCUAUAGUCAUCUGUCUAUGAAUAUUGUGAUUAUUCUCAUAAUAAUUAACACAUGUAACAAUCUCUUAUGUAUUUGCAUCAAAGAACGUAUUAUUCUAUGGCCUUAAUAAAAUAAAAAAGAUUUACUUAUUUUGGACUAAUGGAUCAUUAAUGAAAUUGUCGUUAACUUAUAACCUCUUUGUAUAUAAACACUAAUAUUAGUGAUAGAUUUAUUUGGUAUACGCAUUUAAAAUUGAACGUAUCUAGUCCCAAUUUUUCCUUUUGAAACCUCGAAUGGAAUACACUUGUUUAUUCUAUAUACCUUUAUACGUAAAUAUGAAAGGCUCAAUGUACUUUACUGUGUAUAAUUUUGAAAAAUACUCUCUAGUCAUUCGAACAAAAUACAACUGUGUUGCAUUAGUGUGUAAGAAUACAAUGAAAAGCUUACAAUAUAAACAUAUGUCAAUAAAGCCAUCAAUUAUUAAUUAAGAUAACAUGCUUCCUGAUAGAUCGGACAAUAUAAUAUAUUCAGUUAUGCCUUAAAAUAAUACUGGUAGUGAUAUAGAUAAGAUUUAUUAUUGAAUUGCAUGUUAGUUAUACAUACAUAAUAAUUAUUUAUACGUACUGGUGGCUGGCUGGACCCAGUGUAGAUUUUUUAUCAUAUCAUAGCAUAUCAUAAGAUAUACACUAUUAUAAGGUGUUUAUUAAAAGCGUUAUAUUAAUAUAAAAAGUGCCAGACGAUCCUAAUCGUAGGAUUCCUGUACUGAAAUCAUAAACCAGACAACGAACGUUUGGGGGACAAUACUGCACGAAUUCUGGUAAUUGCAAUAAUCAAACUAAACGUUAUGGGAUUGGCAUAAGGUUGUUAAUUAAUGAAAGGCGAUUCUUGCACUCGCCAGAACACGAACUCUGAUCACCCAAAGUAAUUAUUUCCAGUUUCCAAUAAAUAUGUUGUCUAUUAUGAGAUGUGAUUUAACUCGAAGAGGGCGUCCAUUAAUUAUGUGGCUUUAAAUUUACAUGGGUUAAAAGGAGGGAAAACAAAGAAAAUCGCAUAUCAACUUUUGUUUUCCUUUUAUUUCACUGAAAUAAGCACAAUACAUCAACAUAUCAAAUAAGUUUAACAGAAUAGAAUACAUUAUUUGUUUUAUUAUAGGUGACACAAUGUUCUUAUUUGAAAAGUAAAUAGAUCCGUAUUCAGCUAAUAAAAUAGCUAAGCAAGCAAAUUAUUUAAUUAGUAUUUAAUGUUUCCAUAUUAUGUCAUUAAUUAUAAUUAAAAAUAGUGGCAUUAUAAAGAUAUGACUACAAAAAACAUGAUCUCAUAUUCUCAAAGUUGUUUAUUUAUCAACUAAUUAAAAAUUUUACAUAAGAGGGAAAGGGUUCUCUUAUCGGUAAUAAAUUUCACCAAUAUGGAGCGUAGGACGAGAAGAACGUAAUUAAUAGACGUCCACUAAUCUGAUUCAAAUAUCGAUCACUAAUAAGAAGAUUUACAUCCAUCUUAAAAUCGCAAUGAUGUUUAAAAAAUCUCUAGGUUUUGGUAAGAACAAAUAUUUCAAUAGUUCGCCAAAGAAUUGAAAAAUUUUGAUGACAGUAUCAAAAACGCCCUCUACUGAGAGGAUGUUUUGUAAACGCUAAUUAUGUCUUGUUGUUACUGAUCGAAGAUUUGAAAUGUAUUAUUUAUCAGUAUUCUAUGUCCUGCUAUUGCAAUUGCGAAUAUGUUAUUUGCAAUGUUGUACUCGUAACUUCCAUACAUUGAACUGUUGUGUAUACAAAUUUUAUAUAGCUUUAUUUUGUGCUAUGUGAUAUUUUGGCUAAUGUUUUGUUACAAAAAAAAAUAUAUUUUAAUUGUGUUAUCAAUCGUCAAUUAUUUUCUUAUAUUUUAUUUGUAAGUAGAUAUAGGUUAUAGAAUGUUUAUUUUGAAAUACCUAAAAUUAUGUCAGUGUUGAUGGUGACAUAUACGCCAUAACAAUAACGAAUAAACUUAUUAGUAACAAAGUUACUGUUAAGGCCUUUAUUAUUUACAAGAUUUCUAAGCAAUAUCUAAACGCAUUGGCCCAUAAACGAAUGAAGUGGUAGAAUUUAAGGGUAGCCUUACUAGUAUAAGAGUUACGAUUGACCUAAAAAGAAUGUUGAAAUUUUACUUAGUAGAUCAUAGCACAGCCACCGUUAUUAUUGCAAACAUUGUAUCAUCAUUUUUUAUUUGAAGUUAAAUAAAGUUAAAAUAAAUAAA